UCCUAUUACAAACUUGAAAACCCAAUUCUCGGCUACUCUAGAGAUUUCUCACACCCCGUUCUCGCUGUAUAAAUUCAUCUGACAUUUCUGCACUCUUACCCAGUAGCCUUGCACAACAAACUGACAAACAAACAAACCCUCUAGCCAUGGAUUUGAGAAACUUUGGCUUCAACUCUCCCCUGUUUUCCAUGCUGGAAGACAUGCUCGAUUUCCCUGAAGAGCACGAAAAAUCCCGAAACAACCCAUCACGUGCCUAUGUCCGCGACGCCAAGGCCAUGGCAGCGACACCGGCAGAUGUGAUGGAGUACCCUAAUUCUUACGUGUUUGUUGUUGACAUGCCUGGAAUCCAGAGCAGCGAGAUCAAGGUCCAGGUGGAGAACGACAACGUUUUGGUGGUGAGCGGAGAGCGAAAGAGAGAUAAAGAAAAGGAUGAUAAGGAUGGCGUUAAGUAUUUGAGGAUGGAGAGGAGGGUUGGUAAGUUUAUGAGGAAAUUUGCAUUGCCUGAUAAUGCUAAUAUGGAAGCUAUAACGGCUGUUUGUCGAGAUGGAGUGCUCACUGUGACUGUGGAGAAGCUGCCGCCGCCGGAACCCAAGAAGCCUAAGACUAUUGAAGUUAAAGUGGCGUAGUUAGAGAAGGGAGUCUCUUUCUGAGUUGUGAUUAUCUAUCAGUGUGUUUGAUGUUUUUUAGUGGUAUGGAACGUAAUGUUUUUAUGAAUAAAUUUGAACGAUUUGAGCUAUAAUUACAUGAUACUUAUAUA